AGAAUCAUCAUUAUCAUCGCAAUCAUCAACAAAACAAAUCACCAGCUGCCUGCUCCGUUUUUUGGAUUUUUUUCCUUCCAGCUGGCCACCGUUCCAUACAAAUCUGUCAAAGUGGAUUCAUUCGGCGUUUCAGAUAUGAUCAAAUUUCUGCUCACAUUUGGAGCCGGAGUCUACACGGGAGUGUACCUCUCCCAGAACUUUGAGGUACCCCGAGUGGACGAACCCUCUAAGCUAUGGGAAAGAACCAACGACGCAAUAAAGGAUUUUAUGGAUCAACAUAAAAAACCAUGAAGCUUAUGGGAAUUUUGCUGGACGAUAUUUAACCAUCAUGUUUUGUUACUUUAACAUUUGUCAACUAAAUUGAUUCACUUUUGAAUAUUUUCGUUUUUUUUUAUUAAUUUCGCUUUCACUACCCUCAAAUCAUCAUGUUAAAUCUCAUGGUUAUGGUUCGUUAUUAAGAAAAAUGUUAAUAAAAAGUUAGAGAUUAA